AUGAAAGGAUCUUAUAAUCUUGUCAAAUCGUGUUUAUUAUUUAUAUUGUUUAUUAGCUUUUCAAUUAUAAUAAUAUCAGCGGAAUCGAACCUGUACAUUACACCAAACACUACUAUAUAUACAAACUUUACCUAUACAGAGAAUACACAAAAUACUACAUUCCCCCAAUCGCAACCUUAUGCAAUUGACAUUCAAUCUUAUGAUGAUGGGACAACACUCAUCCAUCUUGUUAGAAAUAAUAAUACUGCGAAUUGUUUUGAACCCAUCUUACGUAUAAGAAUUAUCCAUUUAAAUGGUUCCGUCACUGAGAUUAAUACUGAUUUAAAUCUUGAUUCUGUAAAUUAUUGUUUAUUUAACGACACACUUACUGGCAAAAUGGAGAAUCCUAUCUCAAUACGACCUUUAAAACAACCAUUUAUAUUAGUUAGUUAUAUGAAAAUAAAUGAUCCAGAUUAUAAAAUCUGGGGAACUGUUCUUAAUUGGAAUGGCGAAAAACUAAGUUCCAUAUUGCUUAAAUCAAUCCCUAAGGAAGGUUUGGCUAUGAAAAGUUUAAUUGAAAUAAACAUAAACAAGGAACUAUUUCUUUACGUAAAUAUCCAUGAAAAUCUCAUGGAUGCCGGGCAAUAUUCAGUUGAUGUUAAUGGAAAUUUAUCAGAACUUGGCUAUUCUCGACAAGAGAUCGAUCGAUUACCCACUAGUUAUACCCUUUUUACGUCAUUGGCCACCGUUGAUGAAGAUCGCAACAAAAUUUCCUUGAGAAAUUCUAUUCUUCUCUUUCCAAUAACUGUACCUGGAAUGAAAAUUAAUGCAGUUCAUUGUAAUACAUUUUGGGGAUUUUGUUACUAUUGUAUUGCUUCCACCAUCAUCUACAAUAACAAAGUGCACUAUGAAAAAGUUCAUUUUUGUACAGAAAAAUUUUUAACUUCGUAUCCAAUCCAAAUUCCCAACGAAAUUGGUGUGCUCCGGAAUGUGCUUUCAACGCCUAUUGGCGGAUACAUAUUGUCUGCUGUUAACGACACCACUUGUUUCAUGCAUAUUUCUGAGUAUUUUAAUUCAAAUUCAGGAGCUGAUCUGACGUACUUUAAUACAACUGGUGUUAGUGCAUAUGGCAUCUUGAAACAUAAUAAUACUCAUUUACUCUCUCUACGAGAUACAAAUAGUAAAAAUAUUUCUUGGUCUUUGCUUACUGUUCAGGUGCCUAAAUUUCAAGGGAUUAGUGGUUAUUAUAAUUACGGUAAUAUGGUGAUUGCCAAUGUUACCCCGUCCAUUAAUUUUAAUGUCGAUUCAUCAACUACCAAUAUAAGCAUCAGUUUCGCUAUUUCUGUUGAUUUGUCAAAAGGCAACAUCACCAUCUACAAAGUCUCUGAUCACAGCAUUAGGCAAAGUGUUUCAGUAACCUCUGAGUUCUGUAAACUUAGCAAUAAUAGUAGGGUUGUCAAUAUUAGUAUCAUUGAUAGCACAUUUAAUGAGUAUGGUGAGAAAUAUUAUGUGAAAGUGGAUCAUAAUUUUGCCAAAGCUAAUGCUUCAUUGGAUAAUGAACCUUUAAGAGGAAUUGAAAGUGGAGUUUGGAUUCUUAAAUCAAAAAUUGCUGCUACGGGUUUAGCAGUUCUCACUAUAGAUGCUUCCAGAAAAUUUCUAACAUUGUCUAGAAACAAUCAGUCAGAAUACUUUGAUACUCUAUUAGAUGAGCUUGCUCAUAAAGUACCAGUUAGGCGGGAACGUUUGAGUUCCGAUAAGAAGUUCCAGUAUUUCGACGAAUUUGGUCAAAUCGCCAUUUCAAUUCGUAUAGAUUUGCCAACUAAUGAAACCGAAAAUACAGUUCCGGGAGUAUUUUCAAAUUUAAACAAUAGGAUUCUUUACAAAGGAAUCACCACUUUCCACACCGGUAUGACAAAUGAUUUAAACUCGACUCUUGGCUUUCAACCACAUGAGGGUCCAUGGGAUAAAUUCAAAUUACAAAUAAUUGCUGUAAUUGCAAUUUUUGUAAUAUGUUUAUUUUAUCAUAUAUCGAGUUAUAAACUACACUCAAAAAAAUUUGAAGCAAUAAGUUCUGCAAUAUUAAGGCUUGGAUUAAUCAUCCCUAAUUUUAUUCUUUCAAUUCUCUUUAUCGUUUACAAUUCUAAUGAUAUACAGGAGCUUCAUUUGCCAAGUGCAUCGAUACUCGCAAAUUUAAAAUUUAAGGAAUGGGUUAAAUAUAAGCAAGAAUUAGUAGCUAUAUUUACUAUAUUAGCAACAACUGAUUAUGAGUAUCUGAUAAUUUUGAAAGAUGUGCCUAUAUUUAAUAAAGUAGCAAUUGAUUAUAAGUAUCUAACAAUUAUUAAAGAUGUAACCAAAGCAGAAAUUGACGAGUAUUUAAAGAUUUUAGAAGACGUGCCUAUAUCUGAUGAAUUCAACAAAUCAGAUAAAAUCAAACAAAUUGAUAUAUUAAAGGCUUUGAAAGACACUUCUAAAACGACACAUAUAUCUUGUAAGCUUAAUGAAAUGAUGAAAGAGAAAUAUAAAAUAUAUGGAAUAACUAGAGAUGAGACCGAACAAUACAUGAUUGUUCUUGAUUAUUAUUUUAACAAAAGAGAUAUUAAAAAAUAUGGAGAGUGUAAAGAAUGUAAGCGACCUAAUACCAAUCCAGAAUGGUGUCAAUCGUGUGAUCCUUCC